AUGUCCACUGGACUCACCAACGACUCGGCAUGUCCGUUCCAGGCUUCUGAAGAUCAGAUGAUCCUCCAGACGUCCUGGCUCCUUCGUUUCAAUAUAAUCUACUGUACACUCCUCUCAGCCGGCUGCUUUAUUGGCAUCUUGUACUGCAUCAAGUACAUGAGAAAGCACCCGAUCUUCAACGAAUCCACCAUCAUCCUUCUCUACCUUUCUCUCACAUUUGCAGUGAUUCAUGACGUGGCACAUGUCUUUCUUCAAGUAAGUUUUAGAAAGAAAAAAUAAUUGCGCGUUUCUUAUAAGAGACAGGUAAUUUUCGGCAAGUUGCCGCAAGAAUCGGCAUCCAUGCCGUUUUCUGCGGCAAAUUGCUGUAAGGGUGCCGAUUCCGUGCUUGCUACGCGCUGAACCCUGCUAGCGUUGCUGCUCCCGUGCCGCUCAAAAACCUAGCUUCCUCGAGAUAUCACCUCCAACCUUUUACUGUUGCACGCUCUAUCCAUGCUGAUGCCAUGCCGGAUCCGUGCGUGACACAUGCUCAUCCUAUGCUACCAUAGCAACUUGCUGUUCGCUUGGCGCUCGCGCGCCCCACCCUUGCCUAAAAUUAUAAUACGGAAAUGCUGUGGAGAACGUGAUUUGAAGACGAUGUCUUGAAGCUCGAAUCACAUUUUUGCAGUGGGCGCUAAUGUACCGUAGCUUCUACUAUGCUGACGAUCCGUGCAACAUCUUCUUCGAUUCUGACGAUUGCAUGGUGUUCGGAAGGCCUCUUCUCUUCGGAAUCAGUGGUCUCAUCUACAUACAUUCUGCUCUUUCGAUCGACGGGUAACUCACCUGCAACCACGAGACCAAAUAUUCAAUACAACUCUAUUUCAGACUCUUGGCCACGUUCAUUCCCGACAUCUACUACCGAUAUCAUCGAAUUCCGGGCCUUGCUUUAGCAGUUGCUACCGUUGGUUUCUCCGAUCUUUCCAAACGUUUCUAUAAACUUUCCAGGUGGUUUUCACCGGCUACAUCCAGGUUCUCGUGUUACCUUUCGGCGAAACCGGGAAGGAUUACUUGCCGAGCUGCCAGUUCUUCACAAAACAAGCGGCCGCCCGUGCGAACGUGUUCCUCUUGAGCAGCCUCGUGCUCACUGCUAUCAACCUCAUCAUCAACCUCACCCUUCUUUACAUCAACAAACUGCACUCGAAGAGGUUCGUUCAGUGUGUCGUUCGCUUCAACAACUCGAGGUGUCUCUUUUCUUUCCAUCUGUGUCUCGUCCUCUUUCAUAUUUCUCCCUAUCCGUAACCAUUUUGAUAUGUGUCAUUCCAAUGGACCGUAACCUAUAGGUUGGAAUAUAAGGCUCACUUCUUCUCCUCCCCUGCUUUGCUUGUCCAGUACUUGUCCGAUUCCAAUGCUCCAUCGUACAGGACCCGGUUCGACGUGCAGUUCCAGUACCAGAAGAGCGAGGCGAUGAUGACCUCCAAGUCGAUCUCAGUGCUCGUAAUCGCUCAGAUCAGUGCUCUCGGAAUCUAUGCGGGCGGCAGUUGGAUGUUCCGAAUGGUGAAGGACCAGAUCCCCGUGUACUUGUACAAUAACCUCGUAAUUUGGGUUUAUGUGAGUAUCCUCUGAAGUACUAUCUUUUGAAUGUUUUCCCUAUUCAGGCACUUUCCUACGCUACAGUAUCCCUUCCUCUUCUCAUCGUUUUCUGCAUCAAAUAUGUGCGACGACGCCGUCAACGAACCAUUCACAACAUCACGACGCAUCGGGAAAGUCAACAGAACAGAAUGGACGAACUGAAGGCUCUCUGGGGAUGA